UCGGCGGCCUUGGUCUGUUCGCCCGCGCGCGGUCCCGCCGCCUCACGCGCGCGCCUCCCUUGCUCCCCAGCGCUCACGCUCGCGCGCAAUUCCCUCUCGCCGGCUAUCCUUCAGCCGCCGACGUCUCGGCCCCUCAGAAAGCCGGUCGCGCCAUGUCUUCGCCUCCCGAGGGAAAGCUAGAGACGAAAGCAGGACACCCGCCCGCCGUGAAAGCUGGUGGGAUGCGAAUUGUGCAGAAACAUCCGCACUCUGGAGAUGCCAAGGAAGAGAAGGACAAGGACGACCAGGAGUGGGAAAGCCCCAGCCCACCCAAACCGACUGUGUUCAUCUCUGGAGCCAUCGCCCGGGGUGAUAAAGACUUUCCCCCUGCGGCUGCCCAGGUGGCCCACCAGAAGCCCCAUGCCUCCAUAGACAAGCAUCCAUGCCCGAGAACCCAGCACAUCCAGCAGCCUCGCAAGUGAUCGGCGAGGACCCACCACCCACCCUAGCCUCGGUUCCCUGACACUUGGUAUUUCCUGACAAAGAGGACUGGCAUCUUCUUCAAAACACUUCCCCGUGGAGAAAUCCCAGACAAAGCAAAACUCCCCUUCGGUUGCCUUAAAUUUCCACAUCUAACACUAGAAUCAGACCCCAAACCUUGUUUGCAGGGAGUCCUGGCUGGUGUCACUUGAGGGUCCUUGGGCCUCUUACAAGUGCCAUUAGCAGAACUUACCAGACCUGAGUGAAAUGAGCUUGUUCAGAGUUUAGCUUUGUUCCCAUUCAUCGGCUGCCCUGUCAGUGGACUUAAAAACAAGCGGGCACAGAUUUUGGAGGGUUAGAGGAAGGUCAGGGGAAAGCUCAGUCAUUUCAUGCUUUUUGGUAAGAGGACCAUAACGUCUUAACACCUAGUGGGCAGAGAAAGAGAUGAAGGCAUUGAUUACAGGAAGGCUGAGCAGGGGAGACUUUUGAAACAGGCAACAGCAUCGCUGUAUUUCCCUCCCUUGUGUGACAAGGGAUCACAGCACAGGAGACACCAAGCACUCACAGAAAGGCCACGGAAAAGCUCACAGCUUUGAAAUGGCUCUUCUUUCCCAGGAGUCAUCUUGCUGAAAAUUUUGCCCAAACCAGAUCUGUCAGUGCAGGUCCCAAGUCCGGCACAGCCCCACCAUCCACAAUGGGUUUGUAGGAAAUCAAGGAAAACCUUCCUUCUUCAGGCAUCACCUCCAGAGCUGUCUUCGGGUUCAGGCCAUGAUCACUGACCAGGUGACACAUAGCUAGUCUUGGAACACUAGAGCAAAAGCCAUUAACGUCCAUGGAAAGACCAGAUGAAAACCUGCCCUUUGCCUCCCUAGGGAAAAGCAGAACACCAUGUGCCAUUUGAGCUAGAAAAGCCUGUUUGUCAAUCAGUCAAAGUGUCCAGAAUUCCCUCUGCCCAAGGGCCCAGUUGCCUGGGCCCAUGUUCACUUGCCAUCUCAAACCGUCUAGCACUUUCUGUCCACAUGUCCUGCCCAGAGCCACCCUAGACUGCCCACUGGCUCAUAGCUACCAUAUGCCUUGCUUUUCUGCUUUUCUACCAUAUGCCAAAGGGCUCAUUUAUUUACUCAGAGGUUCAAAUCUCCCAGAGCAGAUGCUUUGAGAGAAGGUGCAGCCUGGCAGUCCCGCUUGCCGGAGUGGUGUUUGCUGCAGUUGGGCACACACACCACAGUCCUUGUGAUGCCUUCUCCAGGUCCACAUCCAUGACUGGUAAGAGUGCCACAGGCCAGGAGACCCAGCUCUCAUCCUUCCCUAAAGGAAAAGCCAGCACUUCUUAACAUCCUAAAAGUAAUGUUUGGUUUCCCAUCUCCUUGAUGUGGGAGCCGGGGUCUUACCCUGGAAGCGCUGUAUAGUCACGUCUCCUAGUCCUUAAUUGCUAAGAUGCUGCCAUACUCUGGGGCUGGCUUGUGGAGAUGCAGGCUAGAUAGGCAGCCAUCUCCAGGAGGCAGCAUCUCUGAAGGAUGCUGAGAGCAGACAGCACCAGGUCAGGUCUGUGGACCACUACACCCUCUGCUGCAGAAAUGAAGACACGUCCUCGAUGCUUUUUAGUGUUGCAGCCAGGAUCAACUCGCUACUCCCCAUGGUGCAUCUUUCACAUCCUUUUUGCUACAUCUGGCAUGGAGCUGUGUGUUGUAGAAUCACUGAAAGCAAAAGGUUCUCCUGGAUGAGUUUAUCUGUAGUUAACUUUAAGAAUAAUAAUGGUGAUAAUAAAGCUCCUGCAUUUCUUCUC